AUGGCUGGACGAAAGCGCCCAAGUGACAUCAGUCAAGAUAACGCCACUUCUGCUACCGCAAGCACGCGUGGGAAGCGGGCUCGUAAAGAGAUCGUUAACGACAAGUCCCCUCUCCUCAAUCUUCCUGGAGGUAAGGCUCAUUUUCUGUUGCAUCCAAUGCGUGCCAUUGACGAGAAGAUAGAAUUGAGGAACCGUAUCUACGCUUACGUUGUAGCCGACACAAGAGAGUACAAGAAAGGCGAAACAUGGAGCAGGAGCGGCAACAGAUUCAAAAACUCUGUGCCAAUCCACAUGAAGUACAAAUCUAUCAAGGCAGCAAAGCGGUACAAGACGGCAAAGCAAUGGGUGAAGGCUCACAAGAGGCGACAUUAUUUCGGACUGACACAGGCCUGUCACUUGCUGCGCCACGAGUUUCGCCCGCUUUAUCUCCAAGAGCUUUCCUUCGACAUCAAUUCAUGUCUUGGUGAAUUCCUCGUCGUCUUUGGACAAGGCGACGAAAGCCAGGCUUUGGGCCGUCAUAUCAUCAGCAUCGUGGAGGUUCCACUGCCUCACGAUGGUAUAGACAUCCUUCCAGCCUUGAAGAAGAUGUCCAAUCUCAAGAUGCCACGUCUUCUAUUCCGCUACGAGCUGUACUCGGAUCGGAGGCCUUGGAACAUCAACGACCUGUUCCUUACAUUGGUAUCGAACAUGAACUCUCUGAUCACACCUGUCCGAGGUAGUUUCGGUAUCACCAGUAUCACGAUCUUCAAGGACCCAGAGCGUCGUGGCCCUGGACAGCGCAGUAAGCCAGCGCUACGGAUGAACCUGGACAACAAAGACCUUUCCUCAUGGAGCCAAGAGAGGAAAGAGAGCCACAUGAAGUCUCUGAUCAGGCAUGCUGGUCUGGACGACAUUGAUGGCAUUCAAACAACAAUUUGCUGUGACGGUCGAAACUACCUGUGGUAUGUUCCUGGCAUCAUAUACGAUGACUGGAAUGCCUCAGAAAUGCGAUUGCUUUCGGAGGAGACUGACUAG